AUGCUAUAUUGGCAUACUACUUACUCCCUACUAAAUUGCAUUGAAGAUCUUCCUAAUUCAGACGUCGGCAGAUUUCCACCCCUGAGCUUCAAGGUCGCGGUUAUCGCUGCGACGUUGUCUAUUAAUCUCAAUUCGUCGCAUCGAGAACAAGCCUCAUACGAUUAUCACUUUGGAGAUGUUCCGGUGAAUACUUUUGACAGCUGCAUGUUUCGGGAUCCCACGCCCAAGCGAUCCGCCCCCUAUGACCUGCUCUCUUGGCCAACCAGAUUACAUUACAUCCUUUGCAUCGCAACAUCGAUCGUGCGCUCGCAGAAGUCGAAGCGCACGUGUAACUUUGUUGAGUAUGAGUUAUGA